GAAACCUUAAUACAUUGCUUACAUGAAUUCCCUUGCAAGUUCUACCACACAGGAGCGAAAUGCUAUCAAGGAGAUAAGUGCAAAUUUUCUCAUGCUCCCCUGACUGCAGAAACAAAAGAGCUGUUGGAUAAGGUUUUGAAUACUGAGGAGGAACCACAAAACGAAGAUGAGAAAGAACUGGAGGAACUCAGAAAGCGUGGCAUUGUUCCUCUCCCUAAGCCACCACCAGGUGUUGGGCUUCUGCCAACCCCGCCAGAGCAAUAUCCGUUUUCCGAGUCUGAUAUAGAAAAUUAUCAAGAUCCUUCAGGAGAAUACAAGAAAAUCCCGUCUCUCUUUGAAAUAGUUGUGAAGCCUACUGUGGAUUUAGCACACAAAAUUGGAAAAAAGCCACCGACCUUCUAUAACAGCGCAUCACCACCAAGACCACCGUUUCAGGGAAAUGACCCCCAUUCUCAGCAUAUGUAUAAUCCAGGUUCAAGUCCAGGGCCGGGACCCGGCAUGUCACAAGGACAUAACGGGCCGCCGAUGCACCCAGGUUCUCCUGGACAUCAUCCAUGCGCGGGGCCUCAGGGCCCAGGGAUGCCGCAGAGUCCUCCUAUGCAGGGUGUUCCGCCAGGCUUUCUGGGACCGCAGAACCAGACUGGUAUGCCUAUGCAAGGACAGCAAGGUGGGCCACCUCUCACGCCGCCAGGUCUCGGUGGAUCUUACAAUGCCCCAGGAGUUCAAGGACAUAUGGUGAAUAUGCCGAGAGAGAAUCAUUGUCCUCCGGGGCCACAAUACCAGCAGAUGCCUGGUGAACGGCAGCCGAAUAUGAAUUACGAGCCUAUUCAGAACCCAGCUGAUUUCUAUGACAAUUACUAUUCUCAUCAAGCCGUUCAUAACUUCCAGCCAGCUAAUAACUCUGGUGAUGGAACAUGGCAUGGAGAAUUUACAGAUCACCAGGCUCACCUCAUGGCUCAAGAGUCGCAUCAAGGUGGAAGCGAGUCGGACUGCAUGAGUAGCCAUAUGGGCCAUAAACCAGCCAUUAACGUACCGGAUUUUCUUCCAGCAAUGCAGAAAGCCCUUUAUGUGAGACUUAGUCAAAAGCAUCAAAGAGACGGAGACUCUGUCAGCAGCCAGGGUCAGAGGGCAAUGAGCAAAGAUGAAGAUGACAAUGUCAACUGGUAUUCCAGUAGUGAAGAGGAAGAGGGGAGCAGUGUUAAAUCAAUACUAAAAACCUUAAAGAAACAAAGCGAAAAUUUUAGGAAUCGGCAACAACAUUCCACGGAGCAGCACAUGCUUGGUAUGCCUACUGAUCCGAGGCUGGCAAAAGAAAAAGGCGCAGGGCCUCAGGCUGCUGACCCGAGACUGCGGGCCUCUCCAAGGUCCAACCCCAGAAAGCCUUCCGAAUCCGCGUCCCUGGACCCACGGCUUGUACGAGAUCCCAGGAUGCACAAGGUCAGCGAGGGCGGUCACGCCAGCUCCUCCCUUGGGGGAGCAAAGCUAGAUUUACACCACGCGCACACUGGAGUCAAGGUCAAGCAAAAAGGGAUGGAUGAUGACGAAGAGGACUCGGAAAGAGAGCUGAGAGAGCGAGCUUUCCUGAUACCGUUGGAACCUUUGCCUGGUGUAACGUUAAGAGAUCCCCGAUCUCAGCUUAGGCAGUUCAGCCACAUAAAAAUGGAUGUUACCCUGAUGAAACCAAACUUUGCUAAGCAUAUUGUAUGGGCACCCGAAGACUUGCUCCCAAUACCUUUGCCCAAGCCGGACCCCGUCUCUUCAAUCAAUUUACCUCUUCCUCCACUCAUCGCUGACCAGAGACUUAAUAAACUGCGGAAUUUGAAAAACGAUCCCCAUCCAAAUGCCAUGCCAGCUGACCCGCGGCUAGCUGCGAAGGCAAAAAACAGCUUAACGGGCAGGAGCGGCUACUUGGAUCCAUCUGCGGAUUCGCAUGCCAGUAGCUCAAGCAAAUUAGGAGAUCCUCGCUUACAAAAAAACGUCGAUCCCAGACUCCACAGACUGUCGAGCGCAGAUACGCAUCACGGAGUCGCGAAGGAUUCGCACCCUCCGAAGUUUGACCCCCGCCUGGCCAGAUCUGCUGCCGCCUCGUCGCAGCCCUCGGAAGCCGCGACUGCUAAACCUGACCCGGAUGCUCUGCCUCCGUACGCACCCAAAUUAUCAUCGAGUGGCGUUAGGCUGGGAACUCCGGGCUCGAUACUGAGCGGGAUUAGUUUGUAUGAUCCGAGAGAUCACAGCUCGGCAUUGGACACAGCUCCAGCUAGUUCAGGAGAGAACGGAGAGAACCAGAAAAAAAGUAUUUUGAAAAACUCUGGUAAAAAUGAACCGAGUCUCUCAGAAGAUACAUCGCUGCAGAAGGCUGCCUCGAACGUGGAAAAAAAUACUGAAGGAUCGGCAGAAGCUACUUCAGAUAAAGCAAAUAGCACCAGUAAAUCUCAGGCUAAACACUCCAGCGCCGCACCGGCGGUGCAUAAUCUUCCUAUCCAAGCUUUAUCGGGAUUAAUCAGACCGCAGUACAGCGACCCGAGGCAGGUUAGGCAGCCUGGACAGGUAACUCAGACGCAGGAGAGCGAUCCGAAUGGGGAAUCAGAUGAUAAGUCAUUAAAAGAUGUUUUCAAGACUUUCGAUCCAACCGCUUCACCGUUUUGUUAGCAAUUGAUUUUAAGUCUUUUUACUGUUGUGAAUAUUGCAGUUUUCUGCUGUUUUGUAACUGGUUUACCUCUUUGCUUUAUUUAUUUUUAAAUUAUAAUUAUCAACACUUUUCAGCUGCUAAUCUCAGAACCACAUGCAGUUAUACAGUAUGCUAUAGUGUUUGCAAAGCUGUGGUAUUUUCUAUAUAAUACUUUUCCAAUUUCAGGGAGACUAAUAAUUGACAUGUAGAAAACCCCCCAUGUAUCGUGUUAGAGCUGAUAAAAGCACUUUCAUUGUAAAUAAGUCAUUAAGAAAGUCUGAAGACCUGUAUAUGUGUGAGCUGUCUCUUUCAUAAACAACAUUUAGAUAUGAUUGCCACAUUUGUAUGAUUGUAUAGAUACAAGCAAUAUUAUGUACAUUACUGUGAGAGACACUGUUUGACAAGGAUUGUCUGACGCAUCAAGCCAAACCUACUAACUGAUUUAAAACCUGCGUAAAUGAUUUAAGAGGAAAACGUUGAUCCUCCUUUUCCGAUCAGUUGAUGUAAGACAUUGACAGUUUUUAUUCAUGCAGUCAAUAUUCUUAGUGUAAAAGAGACCUAUAUCGCAUAUUGAGGAUUAAAAAUGUCAUAUCUUUUAAAAGUAUUUUAUUCUAUGCUGUAUAUAGAAGAAAUUGUGAAGUACCUAACUAGAAGAAAGUUACUGUUAAAAGUGGAGAAUACCUAAGUUGUCUAAUACAAAAAAGGGUUUUUAUUUAAUUUUUUCACGCAUACACAAUUCUGAUUAGUGCUAUAAGUUACAUUGUGGUGUUCAUGUAUUUCAAUGUAUUUUUGUAUUCAGCUGCUUAAUUUGUAUUGCUUUUUUUGUAUUGAUGUAACUGCAGUACUUGUAUUCAUGGUGUCUUUAUGACAUUUUUAACAAAAAAAUUAAAAAGGGUACAGUUCAAGUCUGGUAAUGACUGUGAUGUUGACACGCUGGCAGCUAGUUCAGCCUUGGGGAAAGAGCAGGAGUAGGGGUGUCUGCAGGAUGGAGGUGACUAAACCCGUUUUUGGUACGGUCGCUACGCCGCUUUGCAGUCAGAUGGUAGCGGGUUUUCAAACUAGCCUUGUACCGAAUCCAAACGGAGUUAGCUUGCUGCGCGCUUCCAAGCUCAGACCGCCGGUUUGGAGAGAGUCGUCAUUUAUCAGCAUUGCUGUGAGAAAUGUCGUGCAUGUUCUUUAAUUUCUGAAGAUGUUGCAUGCCGAGAGCACAACUGUCCUCAAAGCCUCUCUUGUUUUGCCUUUUGGGUUGCUUUUUAUAUAGAGGAAAUGUAGUCAUACCUAGCUAGCUGCGUUUACAAUAAAAAUUUGCCGUCUGCUCAAUUGCCAUCUG